UUUUGUCUAAAUUCCCUUGAAGAAAAACAAGAAAAAAAAAAAACAACGAAACAAUGGCCCCACCACAAAGAAUGCGAGUCGCCAACGAAAAGGCCAGCAAAUACAUUACAAUGCGUGGAAAUGUACCAAAAUCAUCGAAAACAAAGGAAAAUCAAUAUCCCGUUGGACCUUGGCUUUUGGCACUCUUCAUCUUUGUCGUUUGUGGAUCGGCGAUUUUCCAAAUCAUCCAAUCAAUUCGUGCUGCGUAAAUAAUUAAU